AUGUGAACAUUAACGGAGGCUGGAGGAAAUUAACCGAUAAAUGCGUGACGACGGGACGCCACGGAGAACCUCAGACGCGGACGAGCAAGGUCACGAUGUGUCAAAAGUCGAUGAUUUGUAGGGAAAAACAGAGGAAAUUGAGGAUUCGUUGUUAGUUUCAGAGGGAUAAUAUUAAGCUUUUUGCGCAUAGAGUAACGCGCUGGAGAUUUUUGGAGAAGACUGAGACAACUCCUGCUUUUGUAUCGCACCGAAUGGACUUUUGAAACAGAGUCUUAAAAAUGAUGGCCACCCAAAGGUCCGAGGAUGUUUGCACUCUCCACGAUAGCUGCACAUAGCUUGCAAACCGGCCACUGACCGAGCUUUUACGCACAGGGAAAGCUCCGUGCUCGCACAUUUGCUUUUCGUGUUUAUGUGGAUGAACUUUGCAAUUCAUUUUUAAUGAUUCGAGAUCUGAGCAAGAUGUACCCCCCGGCACGGCAUCCGGUCCCCCACCAGCCGGGACAGCCGUUAAAGUUCACUGUCACCGAGUCCUGCGACCGGAUCAAAGAGGAGUUCCACUUCCUGCAAGCCCAAUAUCACAGUCUGAAACUGGAGUGUGAGAAACUGGCCAGUGAGAAAACUGAGAUGCAGAGGCACUAUGUCAUGUACUAUGAGAUGUCGUACGGACUCAACAUCGAGAUGCACAAACAGGCAGAGAUCGUCAAACGGCUGAACGCAAUCUGCGCCCAAGUCAUCCCGUUCCUCUCUCAAGAGCAUCAGCAGCAGGUGGUGCAGGCAGUGGAGCGGGCCAAGCAGGUCACCAUGGCUGAACUCAACGCCAUCAUAGGACAGCAGCAGCUCCACGCUCAGCACCUCUCGCACGGCCACGCCAUCCCCGUCCCGCUCACGCCACACCCAGCGGGCCUCCAGCCCCCGCUGCCCCCUGGGGCCGGUACUGCCAGCCUGCUGGCUCUGUCCUCCGCACUGAGCCACCAACUGCCGCUCAAAGAUGAGAGGAAACACCACGACAACAACAGCGAACACCCAAGAGACAGAGACUCAGUCAAGAGCUCAUCAGUGUCUCCCUCAGCCAGUUUUCGUACCCGAGAGAAGCACAGGAGUUCAAGCGAUUACUCCUCCGACAGCAAGAAACAGAAGACAGAUGAUAAGGAGCUGGCCUCUACACGCUACGAAAGUGAUGGAGAGAAGAGUGAUGACAACUUGGUCGUGGACGUUUCCAACGAGGAUCCUGCAUCUCCUAGAGGAAGUCCUGCCCACUCGCCUCGGGAGAACGGAUUGGACAAAAGUCGCCUGUUAAAGAAGGACGCUCCGCUGAGUCCGUCCUCCAUCGCCUCCUCCAGCAGCACACCUUCAUCCAAAUCCAAAGAGAUUAAUUUGAAUGAGAAGUCCACAACGCCCGUGUCUAAGUCCAGCACCCCCACAUCCCGUUCUGACGCCCCAACACCUAGCAGCACCUCCACCCCGGGCCUGAGGUCUGUAACUAGUAAGCCACCAGGAGUCGAGACGUUGGCUCCAGGUCUCCGUACGCCGUUGGCGGUGCCCUGCUCGUACCCCAGUCCGUUUGGAAUGGUUCCCCACCCGGGAAUGAAUGGAGAACUGAGUGGUGCCGGAGCAGCAUACACCGGCCUGCAUAACAUUUCUCCACAGAUGAGCGCAGUGGCUGCUGCUGCAGUGGCAGCUUACGGACGCACACAAGUGGUUGGAUUUGAUCCUCACCACCACAUACGUGUCCCUGGCCUUCCUCCCAACCUGUCUGGCAUUCCUGGUGGAAAACCAGCCUACUCCUUUCAUGUGAGUGCUGAUGGACAAAUGCAGCCUGUGCCUUUUCCUCCGGACGCGCUCAUCGGCCCCGGCAUCCCGCGCCACGCACGGCAGAUCAAUACUCUCAGCCAUGGGGAGGUGGUGUGUGCUGUCACCAUCAGUAACCCAACGCGUCAUGUCUACACCGGGGGCAAGGGCUGCGUCAAGGUGUGGGACAUCAGUCACCCAGGAAACAAGACUCCUGUAUCCCAGCUGGACUGCCUUAACAGAGAUAACUACAUCCGCUCCUGUCGGCUACUUCCGGAUGGGCGGACUCUCAUUGUCGGGGGCGAGGCAAGUACUUUGUCAAUCUGGGAUUUGGCUACACCAACUCCACGUAUCAAGGCUGAACUCACUUCAUCAGCACCUGCUUGCUACGCUCUGGCCAUCAGCCCUGACUCCAAGGUCUGCUUCUCCUGCUGCUCUGACGGAAACAUAGCCGUGUGGGAUCUUCACAACCAGACUCUGGUUAGGCAGUUCCAGGGCCACACAGACGGAGCCAGCUGUAUAGACAUCUCUAAUGACGGGACCAAGCUGUGGACUGGAGGCCUGGACAACACUGUGCGAUCCUGGGACCUGAGAGAGGGCCGACAGCUGCAGCAGCACGACUUCACUUCCCAGAUUUUUUCACUGGGAUACUGUCCAACGGGCGAGUGGCUGGCUGUGGGGAUGGAGAACAAUAAUGUGGAGGUCCUACAUGUCACCAAACCUGACAAGUACCAGCUCCACCUGCAUGAAAGCUGCGUGCUCUCACUCAGAUUUGCUCACUGUGGGAAGUGGUUUGUGAGCACAGGGAAAGACAAUCUGCUCAACGCAUGGAGAACCCCAUAUGGAGCCAGCAUAUUCCAGUCAAAGGAGUCGUCUUCAGUGCUGAGCUGCGACAUCUCCAUAGAUGAUAAGUACAUUGUGACAGGCUCGGGAGAUAAGAAAGCGACUGUCUACGAGGUCAACUACUAGGAGGGCACGGCCACCUCUCCAUCCAGGCACUUGGCCAUGUCUCCGUUACCCAUGUACAAUUUUUAAUAUGUAUAAAACGGAUUUGAAUGGAAUGAACCAAACCGCUGAGUCUUUCUGGGACAGAGACCUUUUGACCUUUUAGCCUGUCGUGGAUCAAAACGAAGAAGCAGAACCAAGCACAGAGAUUUUUUUUCUUACUGAGUAUCUUUGUGUUGUUGUGAGGAGGAGUGAAUGUCCAUGUCCAAUGAAUCUUGAGAGGAUGCUGUUGAGACAGCGCUGGCCAGAUAAUAUUCCUUUACACUUUUACGUUUUUUUUUUUUUCCCCCAGCACGUUUGCACGUGCUAGCAGCUAAACCAUGAGCAUCGUUGAUAACAUACUUGCCUUCAUACUUUGUGUUUACCUAAAGGCUUAAAAAGAAUUGGGGCCGGACCAUUCCCAGAAUAUUUUCUCUGAUAACUUUAGAUUUUACACAACAGAAACAGAUAACAAAACUUGAGAUGGUUAUUAUUGAGUUAAAGGUCCAGUGUGUAGGAUAGGGGGAUAUUGGCAGAAAUAAAAUAUGAUAAAAUAAGUAUGCUUUCUUAAGUGUAUAUUUACCUAAAAAAAAAAGUCGCAUUUUUGUUUCCUUAAAAUGAGCAGUUUAUAUCUACCUAUGUCAUGGAUCCUACUCCAUGGAGUUUGCCAUGGUUCUACAGUAGCCCAGAAUGGACAAACCAAACACAGUGUACAUCUACAUGGGCAUGAAUACCCUGUUUAUAACCUAACCUUUG